AUGGAAUACAACUUGAGUACAACGCGAAAUGAGCUUGAAUCAGGGAGCUCAUCUGCUUGCCCUCGAGUUAUCUUCAUUUUUGCUCGUGCUUCUACGGAAACGGGCAACAUGGCAGGUGGGGCAUCUGCCGGCCCAGCUGUCGCAAAUGCUCUAGAGAGCCAUUAUGGUGCCUCUCAAGUCUGGGUUCAGGGUGUUGGUGGCCCGUACACCGCUGACUUGGCUUCGAACUUUCUCCCUGGCGGGACCAGCCAGGCCGCCAUUAAUGAGGCGCGCCGUCUCUUUAACGAGGCAAACCAGAAAUGCCCCAGCUCAGUAAUCGUUGCCGGUGGCUAUAGCCAAGGUACUGCGGUUAUGUCUGGCUCCAUUUCUGGUCUGAGUUCCACCGUUCAAAACCAGAUCAAAGGGGUAGUGCUUUUUGGAUACACGCAAAACUUCCAGAACGGUGGUCGGAUUCCCAACUUCCCCAGCUCCAAGCUUGAUGUAUUUUGCGCCGCGACCGAUGCAGUCUGUUAUGGGACCUUGUUCAUCCUCCCUGCACACUUCCUCUAUACAGAUGAAGCCGCCGAUGAGGCUCCCGAUUUCCUCAUCAGCCGUAUUGGUUGA